UAGCCUAUAUUAAGCAAAACAAAAAAUAAAUAUUGUAUGCAUUGUUGCUGUUUGAUUGUAGACAAUAUGUUUGCACUGUGAUCGAAGCCGCUGAAACUAAGUAAUGACUAAUCGACUUUUUCUAGUAAAACCCGUUUAAAAUAAGCUGUGAGUGUUAGUUUUAGCUAUGGCGUCCUCCGGUAGAGCGCAUUUAAACACUGCGAGCACUUGGUCAACAUUUAUUGAUUUAUCAAACCCACGCCCACGCGCAAGUCAUUUAUAUGAGCCAAGUCGACACUGCAUCCGUGCGAGUACCAACCCAGGCCGCCCUGCCCUCGGUUCACUGUUAAACCCGCCUAAGUUAAAACUUCUAUUUGUCAUCUAGGAAAAUAUACAUUCACCGUUGUACUGGUAAUUAUUUUACAAUCGACCACCGUGUGCAAAUGGUCCUUUGUUAUAUCUGUGGAAGACCCGAGAACGACGAGAGCAGAAAAGAAAACAUCUCAUUUCAUAGGUUUCCCGCCAAUAAGCUUAUUUUCAAAAAGUGGUUGGAAUUUGUAAUUGAACACUCGUUGGAUGCAAGUAAAGUGACAAAAACCGACACUCUUUGUUCAGCACACUUUAAUAAAGAAUACAUUUUUUCCUAUCGUCGACAAAGAUUUUUAUGCAAAGCCGCUGUUCCUACAAUGUCUAUACCACAUUACAGUACCAUAAUUAAAUACACAAGUGAAGAAUCAACAGAUUUAUCUCUAUCUGGCGAUUACAAUACUUCUCAAAACAAUAAAGCGAUGUCUGUUGUACAGCCAAAUUAUAUACAUACUCGUGCCAAACCCCAAAAUACCAUUACCAAUGUGUAUCCGGCUACUCCUCGUAUCGAAACAGUGACACUUGAAGAUUCAGAGUCGGAUGAUAAAGUCGAGCACGAAGAAAUGUCUAACUCUUCUCAACCGAUUACUACUGAAUCUGACACAGUCAUAAUUAUAGAUUCAGACUCUGAAGAUGAUUCUAGACUCCAAGUGAACAAUAGUUAUUCGCAUCCCCUAGUAACUGAAAGUACUUCUGAAGUGGUAUCUUCACUAAAUACUGGACAUUCUUUCAAUAGCACUUCGUCUCGGACUUCCACAUCGUUCAACGCAACCGAUAAUGAUCCCAAGAAAGAAGUAUUUGUUUUUUCAGCUAUACCUAUGCCUGGCGAUACACCUAAUGAAAUAAUUUUUAAAAAAAGUAUUUCGAGUAUGACUAAUGAAUUAUUAGAUAAAAGAAAACGGUUAAGAAACGCUCAGCAAACCAUUAGAAAGCAACGGAAGAGAAUUAAAUUAUUGCAAUCGAUUAUCGAUACGUUGAAACGUCCAAAUUCAAUUGGCGAAUCAGAUAAUGAAGCAGAAAACUUUUUUACUGAAUUUCAAAAUUAACCUAUAUAUAUACAUACCCAUAAAAUUAACCUAUGUAUACAUAUAUACAUGUAUUUUUGAUGUAGCAUUUAAAAUAUUUAAAAUUAGUUUGUCAAACCAAUUUACAUACUUUGCAUAUGACUUAACUUUUAUGGUGCCGUGUAAAAUACUUUAA